AUGUUUCCUCCGCUUGGCUUAUUCAGAGACAUUCCAUGUCCGCAGGGUGAGCAAUGCUCUCUGCUGACAUGCCUCUUCUCUCACCCACCCCCCAACGCCAAUGCGGGCGAUCAAAAGAAUACGAUCGCUCUGGAUGUCUACGCCACAUACGACGAAUCACCUGUCCAGGACACGCCGGCCCCCAAGAAGCCUAGAUUGCAAGUAACGACGGAACCCAGUCAAGUCGCUCCGGGAUCUCUAUCGUCGUCCAGGACCCAGCCAACGGCUCAGGGAACUUCAUUUGCGAACGCAGCGCGCAAACCAUCUCAACCGGCAGGCCAAAAGCCCAGUCAGCUUCAAUCUGUCGCUCGGCAGGUCUCGCCGCCGCCACCACCACCAUCAAAGUCCAAAUCAACAUCAACCCCGCGGGAUGUGCCUUCCGCUGAGAAGCCGAAGGUAGCUUUCCCACCGAGGCACGCUCCUCGCGAAAGCCUCAACCCUCGCAUGCUCACAAAAUCUCCUGCGUCGCAUGGAGUUCGCUUAGCAAUCCUGAAGAAGCUUCACGCCGCCAUGUCUUCCCUGAAUAGCAAGAUGGCUAGGCAGAAAGAGGGCCCAGAGGAUUAUCUAAUGCUGACUCCAAACGAGCUGAUCACGAUGGCAUUGGACGAGGAGGAAAAUGUGGCGAAGGACAACGCAAGUAUAUACUCAAAUGUUAUCAAACUUCGGAUCGUGAAGCUGUCGAAGAUGAGCCAAGAUGACUGGAUUAAGGAGGUCAAGUCUCAUCUGAAUCAGCGAUACUACAAGAUCCCGUCCAACACAUCAGAGCCAAAGAAACCCAAGACCCUCACUACAGGAUUGCGCAUCCCGGAAGAAAUUGCACUUGCUAAAAAACUUGUCAAGCCUCUGGAAGGUCUUGAGGAAUUUGGCUACGUGACUAAAGCACCCACGACCGAGGAAGUUGAGAACGCCAGAAAGGGUGUCGUCGAGUCGAAAGGGUGGGAGAAAUGUGACCGUUGUAGCGGGCGCUUUCAGGUGUUUCCCGGUCGCCGUGAGGAUGGCUCAUUAACGACGGGUGGAAAUUGCACCUAUCACUCUGGAAAACCCGUUUACCCACCGAAACGACCGACUGAUCAUAUUACUGGGCCUCGAGAGGCCUACUUUUCCUGCUGCAACGAAACCAUAGGGACAUCUUCCGGCUGCACUAAAGGCCAAACGCAUGUCUACAAGGUGACGGAAAGCAAAAGGCUUGCGUCAAUCCUUCAAUUUGAAACCACGCCCGUUCAGCCCGAAAAAGGGCCCCAACCGCCCGUGUCUUUUGAUUGCGAGAUGGGUUAUACCACGUUGGGACUGGAACUGAUCCGGAUGACCGCUGUCAGCUGGCCUGAAGGCGAGCAGCUCCUCGACGUCCUCGUCCGGCCAAUGGGCGAGGUGCUGGACCUGAAUUCGCGCUUCUCCGGUGUCUUUCCAGAGCAUUACACCCAAGCGAUCCCAUACGGCACGUUGCCUCCCAAAACGGACUCUGCCACAAAAGAAGGGGGGGACAUCGAACCGGCGCCCCUGCAGGUGGUGGAGUCCCCGGCAGCAGCACGAGCCUUGUUGUUCCAGUUUCUCCAGCCCGAUACCCCACUCAUCGGGCAUGCCAUCGAUAACGAUCUGAAUGCAUGUCGCAUCAUCCACCCGACAGUCAUCGACACUGUCCUCCUCUACCCACAUCCGCGGGGCUUGCCUAUUCGCAUGAGUCUCAAGGUACUAUGCAAGAAACAUCUCGAUCGGGAUAUCCAGACGGGAGGAGAUCAAGGCCAUGAUUCCAAGGAGGAUGCGGUUGCCACGGGCGAUCUCGUUCGGGUCAAAGCCGCAGGCACCUGGACACUACUCAAGUCCAAAGGGUGGGUCUUCAAAGGUGAUCGCCUUGUUCCUCCACCGGGUACGCCAGAAGAUGCUGCAGAAGAUCUGAAACUCGGCCGAGGAGCCGGGCAGAAAAGAACCAGUUCAGGUUAG